UAUAAGAAAAGUUUCGAAAACUAUUUACAGGGAUGCUACUGUGGAGAAUUUUUUUCGGGAGUCAACUGCGAAAUACCGUUAUGUUUGAAUGGCGGAACCACAACCGGAAACAAUGAAGGUUGCAUUUGUGAUAUUGGAUACAGUGGAGAUCAUUGUCAGCACAUCUCGUGUCUUCAACUCGCUGAUGACCAAUUCGAAGAAGCGCAGAGUGCCAUUGGCUUUGUGAUAAGAGCAUCAACUUCCAUGAAAUCUCAGUUGAAUGAAAUUUCUGCAACUGCUGAUAAAAUUGUCAACUUCUAUGAACAACACUAUCCAAUUUUUUUCCAGAAAUUUGUUUUGACUGUGGUUUCAAACAAUGGUGUUACAUUUUCUCACGACUAUGAUAUUGGAGAGGACUUUGUCGCAUCAAUCCGAAGUUUGGCAACUCCUCCAACUGAAACAGAAUGUGAUGAUGCUUUGAUUUCGGGAAUUUCGAAAACUUUAGACAACAACGCUUUUAAGAAAUAUCCAAACUCACCCAUAUUUGUUUUCUCCGACGGAACAUCAAACGACGAUUUCACGGCAGCUGCCUAUUUACUGGAACAGAUCGUGAACAAUCAUCCCAAAAUUUUCUUCAUGAUCACUGACUCGCCCAGUGGAAAUUGCAACGUGGAUGUCAGCACAAACACAUUCGAUCAGCUUCGUUCCAUUUCACAACUGUCCCAAGGGCUUCUCAUUCAAACAACCCUUUUCCAACUAUCAGAUGCCACUUUUUCAGUUGCUCAAGAUCUGUGGCAAUUUGAUACCAUUCUCACCAAUGACUUGGAAGACUGCCGCAAAGCUCCUGUCUUCCAGCCAUUUUUCGUUGAUCAGUCGAUAGAUUUUCUGACACUUAUAGCAACAGGAUGUGAGUGUGAGACUCCUAACAUCCUAUUCAGUAUUUCAGCAAAUCUCUCUCCCAUUUUGACACUUCCUAACAACACUAAAUUAUCACCCCAAUUGUUUUAUUCAAACGGAGAUUUUUAUGUUUGGAGGACUGAAAAACCACCUGUUGGAGCUUACUUCUUGAACAUAAACACUAACACAACUCACAACUCAAUUUGUCAAUACCGACUCAUGGGAAGAUCUACAUACAGAUUGUACACCUCAGUCACUGACAACAUUUAUACCGAUGACACAUACCACGCACCUGUCUACAAAACUACGUCUCACUUAGUAGCCAGAAUGGAUUCUCUAUAUCUGGAUGACCCGCUAGACGCUACUUUUGAAGCAGUUGUGUGGUAUAAUGGU